CGGUCCAAUCCGGCCACUGGAGCAGGCACGAGCGACGGCGGUGCUGAUCACGUGACGGCGAAAGGGCAGGGGCACGCGCAGGGUUUUUUCUCACUUUUGUAAACAACAUGGCGACUGACGGACUGGCCCUGCUAGCCUACUGAACCAAACACUGUGCUGUCAAACCCCACAGCUCCUCCUUCUUGUGCCAGAAGCGGGUUGUUCUGCGCUGAGUUGACACCGAGCCGACGAAGAGCUGGACUGAAGCCGAGAAGAGUUUGACAGUCCGACGGCCCUCUUCAGUCUAUGGGCUCUCAGUCCAGUUCUGGGAUGUCUGGUGGAAGGGGCUCUUCCAGUGGCAACCCAGCUGAGCAGUCAGAGACAGCAGAACCGAACCAGAGCAGCAGCAGCAGCCGGGGCCGCAGGACGGCUGACAGGCAGCAAGGAGACAGACAGUCGGCAUCAGAAGAGGACGUAGACUUAGCUGAAGUGCUGGCUUACCUACUGAGGAGGGGCCAGGUCAGACUGGUCCAUGGCAGUGGAGCCACAGGGCUGCAGCUGGUCCAGUCGUACUCUGACUCUGAUGAGGACAGUGACGGAGCCUGGGAGGGGCGGCUGGGGGACCGCUACAAUCCACCAGUGGACACCCAACCCGACACACACGAGGUGGACCAGAGUGAGAUCCGAACUCAGAUCCUGCUGGCCACCGCCUCCUCUCUCGUGAAAGGGCGACAGAGUUUCACCCACUUGCUCACAGAGAGGGAACAAGGCAGAUGUAGAGGCUCCAGUUUUUCCCAUGGAGAGUGCAGUCGUAUCCGCACACAUUUUCUUCCAAACUAUGUAUCCCACAAGGAUACUUACCAGCAGAAAGCCUUCUGUGGAGUUUACAGUGAGGAUGGCAACAUGUUCCUCUCUGCCUGCCAAGACCAGAACAUCCGCUUGUAUGACACCACCAGGGGGCGCUUUCACUUACGGCGAACAGUGAAGGCUCGCGAUGUGGGCUGGAGUGUGCUGGAUGUCUGCUUCACCCCUGACGCACAUAAUGUCCUCUACUCCAGCUGGUCUGACUACAUUCAUUUGUGCAGUAUAGAUGGAGACAGUGAAAACCACACCGCCCUGGACCUCAAUCCAGAUGAGAGGAGGUUCUGUGUGUUCUCACUGGCUGCGUCCACAGAUGGCAAUGAGAUCCUGGGAGGAGCAAAUGAUGGCUGUCUUUACGUUUUUGAUCUUGAGCAGAAUAAACGAACGCUGAAGAUUGAUGCCCACGAGGACGACGUGAAUGCGGUGGCGUUCGCCGACAGCUCGUCCCAGCUGCUCUUCUCUGGCAGCGACGAUGCGCUGUGCAAGGUGUGGGACAGACGGACGCUGCGGGAGGACAGACCGCAGCCUGUCGGACAGCUGGCCGGCCACCGAGAUGGCAUCACCUUCAUCCACAGCAAGGGUGACGCACGCUACCUGAUCAGCAACUCGAAGGACCAGUCCAUCAAGCUCUGGGACGUCAGGAAGUUCUCUCCCAAAGAGGGGUUGGCAGCUUCCCGCCUGGCUGUCACCCAACAAAACUGGGAUUACCGCUGGCAGCAGGUUCCCCAGAGAGCCUUAAAGAGACACAAGCUGACGGGCGACACAUCAGUGAUGACCUACCGUGGUCACGGCGUUCUGCACACCCUCAUCCGCUGCCGUUUCUCUCCGGAGUUCAGCACCGGACAGAGGUUCAUUUACUCUGGCUGCUCCACUGGCAAAAUCAUCAUCUAUGACGUGCUGACGGGCGCCGUGGUCUCCAGACUGUCGGGUCAUGACGCGUGUGUGAGGGACGUCAGUUGGCACCCAUACGAGGACAACAUCGUCAGCAGCUCUUGGGACGGAGCGGUGCGAAUGUGGGAGCACAGACAGACCCAUCCUCUUGAGGAGGAGAGAGAGAGGGAGAGGGGCUCACAGCAGGAGAAAGACCAUUGAGGCCGCGAGAGAGAGAAGAAGAGACAAAAGAGGAAAAAAAGAUUUCAGAGGAAGUGACAUCACCGCAGAAGGGGCGAGGCUGGCCUUACAGAAGAAGACCGUGAGCUGGACUGGGACUGGGAGAGACUUAAAUAUCUUUAUAAUUCAAUGCUGGAUAUUAAUGAUUACAGUUAUAGCGUGGUUGUGAAGUGUUCAUUUGGAAGGCAUUAUAGUCUGACAUUGGCGAGUGCACUCUGGGCGCAGCGGCACGGCCUACUUCUGUCCGUCUUUUGUUUUUGCCUCACUGUCUGCAAAAUCAACAGGCCAGAGCUUUUGAAUUUUGGCCUGAAACACUUCACUCAAAUGUGCUGAAGCUCAAAACGCCAAGCACUGCACUUACUUAACGAGUCGUCGAAAUUUAAUGGUAAGUUAGUAACAUAAAAAUCAACGUUGGAUAUUGCAGGGAGAAAGUGAGGGUGAUAAUUCUGUAUAAAUGUAUAGUAUUUUAAUGGUAUGUGCGUUCAGGGAGUGUAUUUAGAUAGUUAUCAGUGUGCUGAUUUGGACUCAAUUUUGACUUUGCUGUUCUGGAUAAAAUGAGGUGUGUCCUAUUUGAGGGUCCGUCACGUUUAAAGUACACCUGAUUUACUAUAAGGAGCCUACGUGAGAGUCACAACUCCUAAACCUGGCUAUUAAGUGACUUUCCUGAGCUUACCGUCGGCUCACCACUUUGGUCAGACUGUUCAGGGAAACUUCUUUGCUAUGUCAGAUAUUUCCAGCAUUCCAAGGAGACCAGGACGCCCAAACAUACUCUGUUUAACUGUCCAGGUUGAGGUUAUAUUAUUGAUCCUGGGUCAGCACUCAGCUCUGUAAACACAAGCCCUCAGUCUAAGUAAUUUUUGUUGGCCAAUAUAAACCUGUGAUCUGUUUAAAAGCAUUUGAAUGCUGAGUAAGAAUAUGUUGGAAGUCAAGAUUUUGGCUGAAGGGUCGGGGUGUGUGUGUGGUCGUGCGUGUGUGUGCGUGGAUCAAAACUUACACACUGAUCUGUAUAUGCAAUUUUCAGGUGUUUAUAUCAAAGCCCAUAUUUCACUCUCAGACCGUUGUUUUACAGGAACAAUAAAACCUCUCUUUAAAUGUA